AUCACUUCGUCACGGAUUCAGCUUCAACGUUCUGCAUUUCAGUUAGAUUUUCAGAAAUCUUGGCUGCAGGAUCGACAAUUCUGCAAAUGAAGCUGAAGAUCAACAAAGCUUGUGAUCUGAGCUCAAUUUCCGUUCUUCCUCCUCAUGCCAGGAGAACGAGCGUUGGGCCGAGCGGAACAGAGUCUUCAGUUUUUGGAAAAAGCCAAGCGUCGCAGCUGCGAUCACAGCAGUCGUUCUCUCAAGGAUUUUCGUCUCAGCUCGGAAUUUUCUCGCAGCUUUCGCAGAACUCCCCAGAUGAGAUUGUCACUAAUGAACAGAGACUAGGUUCUCAAGAAAGGGAGAAUUCAGCAAAGAAAACUUCCUUCUUCCCUCCAAUCAAUUGUGAUAGAGAAGAGAGUCAAAUGCAGUUAUCAAGAACUCCAACCAAUUUAAUGCAUAAGUGGUCUAUCCCUGAAUACAAAUCCCAGAUGAGCCAAGAACUUGAACACAGAAUUGGAGUGAUGGAAACUUCAUUAAGUAGAUUGGGAAUGAUCCUUGACUCCUACCAGAAUGACAUUAUGCAAGUAAAUAGAGGAACAAAGGAAAUAUUAUUGGAAUUGGAAAGCUUACGACAGAGAUUUGUGGUUCAUGAUGAAUUGUUGCAUGCAAUGAUCAAGGGACAAGAAGAUCUCAAAGGUAGUCUGGACGGAACCUUUAAAUCCAUGAGUGAAGAACUCAAGAAGAAUGUGUGUCAAGAAGACUUCAGGGAGAUGUCCUCAGUGAUUUCAGCACUGCCUGGAAAGUUUGAAACUUUUAUAGUCAAAUUACAAAAUGAUCUGAGCAAAAGUUUGAUCAAGGAGAUACAGGCUAUGGCCUCUAGCGCGAAGGUUCCCAUCACAGAACCUGCAUCCAUUGAUAUCCCCCUCACAGAAGAAAUCAAAGGUCGUGCUGCUUUGCGUGAAAUGCAGCCUCUAAAAAGACAACCAGUACAUGCCAAUCAGCAAAUAGCCCCAGUGCUAAAGGUGGAAAUGGGAAGCUGGAACUCAGUAAGGCAUGAACAAGCUAAUGUGAAAGCAAGAAGUUCAAAUGAAAGGCACAAGGAGGAGCAUUUGUUGGCCAUUCAACUGGAAAAGGCACAGAGAGUAAUUACCCCAUCUGAUGAGGAUAUUGACAGGGGUUUCUCCUGCUUGCUUACUGAAAAGGAAUUAGGCCCAGGAAACCACUCAAUAGAUGAUGCAAAGGACGAGACUGAACGCAUACUGAGGAAAGCAAGGAGGAGGAAGAGAAGACAUUGUAACACCAUCAUUAUUGAUUGAAGUUGUGCCGAGACUGACUAAUUUCAAUAUGAAAAGGUAACCCAAAUCUGUAGUCAUCUUCUACCUUAUGUUUGUGACUAAACUCUUAUAUACGCACUGUUCAUUAGCAAUUUACAUUUCAAGUUCAAUGAGCUGAUAUGGUAAAGUACCAAAUAAAGGUGUAAUUAUUUGAUGUUAAGAGAGAGGUAGCUAUAAGACCUUUCGUGAAGUAAGA